CAAGAAGAAGAAAAGGAACUUAGUUUGCUUCUUCAUGUUAAUAAGUAGUCAGCUAAUUUCUUGUGAAGCUAGCAGAGAUUCACAGAUACAGAAAGAUUCUCACUUCUCACAUCAAGUUCUCCAGAUGACUACUCUUGUUGUUGAAAUUAUAGCCGUAGCAAUUGCUUUUGCACCACUUUUUUAUCAGGUUGGCAAGGAUGCAUUGAAAUCUGUCAAGAAAGAAGCUUCAUAUUCAAAGAAUCUGAAGCAAAACUAUGAAGCCUUGCAAUGGGAACUGAACUUCCUUCUUGAUUUUAAGAGUGGUAUUGAACGUACGAUCCGUAGACGGCGAGAAAACUACGGGGAAAUCUAUAACAGAUGGAGUAUCCACGUGCAUGAGGUUGAGGAGAAAGCAAAAUCCUGCCUUGAAAAAUAUGAACACAUCAGAAAAUGCUAUGCUGUUCGCAGAUCAAAGCUUAGCAGAAAAAUGGUUAGUUUGUAUAUGAAAGUUAUUGAGCUUAAAGGGGAGGGUAAUGAUUUAGCAAGGUUGCUUGGCGGUAUCCCUGAUUUGAGGCUACCUCCAUGUAAUGAGCUUCAGCAGUCAAAUAGGGGAUGGAUUUUACUAUUGAAGAUUAUAAUCUCAACAGCUUCUGCGAUUGUAGGUGCAAUACUUGUGAUGAGAGCUUUAUCCAAGAACUAAUAUCAUAAACUUUAGCAGCAGGAACAUUAAUAGAGUGGGAAUUACCUAUAAAUCCUGCUAUGUAUUGAGAGCUUUGUCCUUGGACAGAACUCAUUCCAGCUGGUCCUUUCCCUUUGAUCAAUUUACUGAACUCAAACUGAAAAGUAUUUAAUAUUGUGCCUGUUAAAACUAUGUCGUUUUACUGCUUAUUAUUAUUGUUUUAUACUGAACAUCUAAACUAUGUCGUAUUGUUGUUAUGAGCAGAGUUUUAUAUGCACGUGAUGUGCAUAUGGUGCUGUUUGGUAUAAAAGGAAGCGAUGCUUCCAGAACGAUGUGUAACGUCAAUUUUAUUACAUUUGAAAUAAAGCUCUCGAUCUUUUUCUCUCUUUAUUGCUUCUGCACAUGGUAUCAGAGCCUGAACUCUAACCACGGCGGCGCGUCACCGGUUGAAUGCUAGAGAUCCUCAGUCCUUUGGAAAGAUCUGGUCAUGGCGAGUAGUAGUAAGGAACAAAAGGCGACUGGAGCUUCAGAAAAGUUGCAGAUCGUGAAUACGGGGAUGGGAGACCCCCUGAGUCUUCAAACAUCUGAUCAUCCAGGUAUGAGCCUAAUCUCUGCACCUCUUGUAGGACCUAAUUUCAGAUCUUGGAGUAGGGCCGUUAAAAUAGCCCUAAGAGCCAAGAUGAAAUUGGGAUUUGUCGAAGGCACUACUUCGACACCUAGUAAAGACACUGAGGGAUAUGAACAGUGGAAAAGAUGUGACUUCAUGGUUACAUCUUGGAUUCUCAACUCCAUCUCUAAGGAGUUAGUUGAUGGAUUUAUAUACACUGCCUCUGCGAGAGAUCUCUGGCAAGAGAUCUACGAGAGAUUUGGAGAGUACAAUGGUCCUAUGAUCUACGAGUUGCACAGGAAAAUAUCCCUUAUCUCCCAAGAAAAUCAGUCUGUGUCAGUCUACUUCACUAAGCUGAAGAGGCUGUGGGAUGAGCUUGGAUUUGUAGAACCUCUUCCAACAUGUACUUGUGGAGCCUUUAGGGCCAUAGCUGAAAUAACGAACAGGAAUAGGCUCAUGCAAUUCCUAAUGGGUCUAAAUGAGGCCUUCGGGUCUGUGAGAGAUCAGGUAUUGGGGAUGGACCCUUUACCAACUGUAAACAAGGCCUACUCAAUGGUUGUAAAAUUUGAGUCUCAAAGGGAGAUUCUGGGGGCAAUGAAUGACAACUCAGAAUCUCUUGCCCUAUUGAAUAAGGCUCAAGCUCAGAGUCUGUCCAGACCAAGAAGGUCUGAGGUCAAGAAGGGUCAUUGCAUCUUCUGCAACAUGGAUGGCCACACUCGGGAAGGGUGUUUUAGAUUGAUUGGGUAUCCUGAUUGGUUCAAGACUAAGAACAAGGUAGGAACCCAAUCUUUCAAAGGCAAUAGAAGCACCAAAGUUAUGGCUGCUAUUGAAGGAAACAAAUCAGAAGAGGAUAACCCUCUGGAAUAUCUAGACACAUCAAGUAAAAUACAUGAAUUGACAUCCAUGCUGAGCUCUUUAAAACAAGAAGUUUCUCAGCUUGUAAAAGGGAAAGGGACUCUUGCCCCAAGCACUUCUUAUGGAUCUGAGGCACAUUUCAUAGACUUUGCAGGUAACCCUACUCUCUAUAACACUUGCAAUGCUGAAAUGCAAACUGACUCUGAUUGGAUCCUAGACACUGGAGCCACAAAUCACAUGUGUUCAGACAGCACCAUAUGCACAUCACGUGUAUAUAAAACUCAGCUCAUAACAACAAUACGACAUAGUUUAGAUGUUCAGUAUAAAACAAUAACAAUAAGCAGUAAAAUGACAUAGUUUUAACACACUUCAGGCUGAACCAAAUGAGUUUUUCUCAUUUUGAUGUAAGAAAUUGUUUGUUUGAAAUCAUGAACUCUAAUGUUGAUCUUCACAGCUUUGUAAAUAGCACUCCCUUCCAAAUGGAGUUGAAUAAAGAACAUUCCAUGCAGUUUGAACAGAGACAUAAACAUGUAGUGACCAUGAAUAAUAUGCAUGAUAGACUAGGGCAUGUAUCAGUAGGUAAACUCAAACAUGUUAAAGGCAUAAAUAUCAGUAAUGAGGCCAUGAAAUGAUGUCCUGUCUAUCCCCUAGCUAAACAAGCCAGAUUACCUUUUCCCAGAAGUCACACCUUAGCCUCAAAACCUUUUGAAUUAAUUCACAUUGACAUAUGGGGGCCAUAUAAGACCAGCUCUAUCACUGGAGCUAAGUUCUUCCUCACCAUUGUUGAUGAUUAUAAUAGGGCUGUGUGGACUUUUAUGAUGCACUUAAAAGGUUAGGCUUUUAGUUUGACUAAACACUUUAUACACAUGAUAGAAAAUCAGUUUAAUACCACCAUCAAAGUCAUUAGAAGUGACAAUGGAAAGGAGUUUCUAAGCCAUAAUUAUAGUUCUCUGCUUAUGAGUAAGGGGAUUAAGCACCAAAGAUCCUGUCCGUACACUCCACAACAGAAUGGAGUUGUGGAGAGGAAACACAGACACAUACUUGACACUGCUAGAGCCUUGAAAAUGCAAUCACAAGUCCCUAUCCAAUUCUGGUCAGAAUGUAUAUUAACUGCUACUUACCUAAUUAAUAGUAUGCCUAUGGAGCAUUUUAAUUGGUCCACGCCUUAUGAGAGGCUCUAUGGGACCUCACCUGACUAUUCUCACUUGAGAAAGUUUGGUUGCUUGUGUUUUGCUACUUCUGUGGGAACUCAGAAGGACAAAUUUCAAGAAAGAGCCAUUAAAGCUGUGAUGAUAGGUUAUGCCAGCACACACAAAGCCUAUAAGCUUUAUAACAUCAGUGAUAAAACCUUCUUUAUUAGUAGGGAUGUCGUUUUCCAUGAAAACAUAUUUCCCUUCCAAAACACUAAUCUGAUUGAGAACUCUGUGGUUCCUAUUCCUGUGAUUGAGAAUGAUUGCCCAGAUGUUGAUUUCUGUCCAUCUGGUCACACCAGUGAUAACAUACAGAAAUAUCCUUCAGUUAGAAGGACCCAAAGGCAUAGGCAAGCGCCUAUCUGGAUGCAGGACUAUGUAAAUUCCCAAAAAGCAUCCUUCAUGAUCAAUAAUCCCUUACAUCAGUCUUACAUUUGCAAUAUCAAUAAGGUCACUGAACCUUGUACUUACACUCAAGCAUCUAAGGAUGCACAUUGGGUUGAAGCCAUGAAGCAAGAGCUUCAGGCCCUGGAAAAUAAUAACACCUGGGUGCUCA